AGCAUAUUAAUAUCUCAUAGACAUCCUCAAUCAAGAACGCAGAGGAUUUAGUCACAAUGUCUGAAUUUUUAUCCAUGGCCAAAAGAACUGCGGUCAGCACCAUACCGGUGCAGCCCGGGAAGUUCAUCCCUUUAUCCGUUCUUGAUCGCGCGAUGCAACACAACAUCAUCCGCGUCGUUUUCUACUACAGGAAGUUCGACAAGAUGGUGCAGUUGCAUGAAUCAAUUGCCGAAACUCUGAAUGCCUUUCCGAACAUAACAGGGAGACUGAUGAUGAGGUCCGGGGAAGAAGAGAAGUGGGUGCUCAAAUGCAACGACGCUGGGUUGAGAGUAAUAGAGGCAAAAGUGAAGGGGAGUGUGGAUGAAUGGUUGAGGGAUGUGGAUAGGGAAAAGGAGUUCAAGCUUGCCCACUGGGAGCCCAUGCCAGCUGACCCAUAUUUUUGGUCACCCUUUUAUCUUCAGAUAACUGAGUUUGAAGGAGGGGGAGCAGCAAUUGGCCUGAGCUGCACACACCUCCUUGCAGAUCCCAUUGCCGCCACUCUGUUCAUCAGAGCAUGGGCAGACAUGUCGGCUUUCGCCGGAAAAAUGCUGUCUCCUCCUCAUGUCCAUCCCUUGCCGCUUCGAACGCCACUCGACAAGAACCCCCACAACCCCCACCAGACACAUGCCUGUGCUGGUCGCCUGAUAGAACACUACAAACUCAGGACGAGACAAAACCAAUCGCCCUCUCACAUUUCUCCGGCCAAACAAACGGCAACCAUCACCCUUCUCUUCCCGGACGAAGUGGUCCGGAGGUGCAUGUUAAUGGCACAAACAGUGCCCUGCGGCGGCGGCCCUUUUGAGGCGCUUGUUGGGCUAUUCUGGACGCGCAUCACCAAGGCGAAAAAAGUGGGAUUGAUGGAUUUGGUUGUCGGAUUCGACGCAAGGAAAGUGUUGGGCUUGGACAAAGGCUUCUUUGGGAACUGCAUGGUUUAUAACAAGGUGCCAUGGAAUAAGGGAAGUAUGGAUUUCGAAGACGAAGAUUUGCUGAGCGAAUCGGCCAUGGCGAUAACGAAUGUGAUGAAGGGAACGGAUAGAGAGAGCGUCAUAGGCUUGAUCGAAUGGCUGGAACAGAACAAUGGUCAAUCCGCGGGUUCCAAUGUCCUCUUCGACGGUCGUGAUUCUCUGCUGGUGUGUGCCAACCUAGAGGAGCUGGACUCAUACUCUGCUUGUUUCGGGGGUCAUUUUGAACCACCGGUCCACGUGUCUUAUUACAUCGAGCCGGAUGUUGGACCGGUGAAUCACAGACUCGUCAUCAUCCUCCCAUCGCCGGGAACGGGGCCGUUGAGCCGGACUGUUAUGGUUACGCUGCCGGAGGAUGAAGUUGGGGUGCUCAUGGAAGAUCAGUUGAUCCAACAGCUCUCCCCUUCGGUGAAGAUGAUGAUGAGAGUUUGCGGCUCUGCGGGAGCCGGAAAUUCCGCCGACGGCAAGCCUCCCAACCCCCUCUCCGGCGGCCUCCGCCAGAGUUCCUGCGCCGCCGCGCUGGCUCCUUGUAGUAAGAGAUCAAUGGUUCGACACCCUUCUUUGACGAAAGGGAGGCCAUUAGAUGUUACUGAUGAGCCAAAAUUACCCAUAGAUGAUCCCGAGACUAGGUUUGUUCCUGCACUGCGCUCGGGAGCCUGGACCGACAUUGGGUCCCGCUCAAUCAUGGAAGACGUGUGUGUUUGUGCAGACAAUUUCUUACAGGACUAUAGAUUUGGGAUCUCCUCUGAAGGACCUAAUGCCUUCUAUGGGGUUUUUGAUGGUCAUGGAGGAAAGCACGCAGCUGACUUUGCAUGCUCGCACCUACCACGGUUCAUUGCCGAUGAUGAGGAUUUCCCAAAGGAGAUUGAGAGGGCUGUUUCUUCUGCAUUUCAGCAGACCGACACUGCUCUUGCCCAAUCCUGUUUCUUGGAUGCUGACAUUGCUUCCGGUACCACCGCCCUGGCAGCUCUUGUUGUUGGAAGUUCUUUGGUGGUGGCAAACGCGGGUGACUGUAGAGCCGUUCUCUGCCGGCGAGGCAAAGCCAUUGAGAUGUCUAGAGACCACAAACCCCUGUGUUUGCGGGAAAGAAAGCGCAUAGAAGCUUCCGGAGGGUACGUGAACGACGGCUACCUGAACGGACAACUCAACGUUGCACGUGCGCUGGGAGACUGGCACUUGGAGGGAAUGAAAUCCCGAGAGGGCGGGCCCCUCACGGCAGACCCGGAGUUCAUGAGCACCGAGCUGACGGAGGAGGACGAGUUCCUCAUCAUGGGGUGCGACGGGAUUUGGGACGUGUUCAUGAGUCAAAACGCGGUUGACUUUGCCCGCCGGGGGCUGCAGGAGCACAACGACCCAGAGAUGUGCUGCAGAGAACUGGUUGACGAGGCGCUGAAGAGGAAGAGUGGGGACAACCUGUCGGUCGUAGUGGUGUGUUUCCAAAAACGCCCUCCCCCUAACCUGGUCGCUCCGCGUGGGAGGGUCCACCGUAGCAUCUCCGCUGAAGGGCUGAAGGAGUUGCAGAGCUUCCUAGACAACCUGCAAGUUUAGUACCGCUAACACAGGUGACAGAUGAUUUCAUCUCUCCCUCUAUUCUUCUUUUUUUUUUCUUAAUGGGCAUUUCUCUUCUUUAUUA